UCAGCAUAAUAGGUCAUUAGAGUCAUAGACUGCAAGCUGUAGAGUUUGCUGGGAACUGAUUGUUGUGAACAUGGCAGGCAACAUUAAGAAGUUUUACGACCUUUCUGCGAAACUGUUGUCGGGGGAACCCUUCAAAUUUUCCUCUCUCAAAGGGAAAGUUGUUCUCAUUGAGAACGUGGCUUCUCUUUGAGGGACAACUAUCAGGGACUACACUCAGAUGAACGACCUCCACUCACGGUACGCCGCUGAGGGGCUUGUUGUUCUGGGGGUUCCCUGCAAUCAGUUUGGGCAUCAGGAGAAUGGCAACAACGACGAGAUCCUGAAUUGUCUGAAGUACGUCAGGCCAGGCAAGGGCUUCGAGCCCAAAAUCACCCUCCUGGAGAAGACUGAUGUCAACGGCCAGGACGCCCACCCUCUGUUCACCUUCCUGAGGGAGAGGCUCUCAGUCCCUCGUGACGACCCCACCCCCCUCAUGACCGACCCAAAGAACAUCAUCUGGAGUCCCGUCUCCCGCACUGACGUGGCUUGGAACUUCGAGAAGUUCCUGGUCGGCCGCGACGGAGAGCCCUCCCGGCGCUACAGCCGCAGGUUCCUCACCAAAGAUCUCGAGGCCGACAUCAAGGAGCUCCUCGGCAGGGCCGGUUAAUCCACACCCCUGCCAUAAGGCUCACCGCUCCCGCCCAGAUAGUGAGUCCAGCCCCCUGGAGGAGGUGAUAGGGCUCAGCGUGUCUUGGUGUGGAUCGCUUGUGUGUCCUUGAUUAACCUCCCUCCCCAACCCCACCCAGCAGUCUACGGUAUCUUUCCUUGACAUAUCUGCCUGUUUGAGCUGCCAACAGAAUGCCGGUGCAGUAUUAUGCCUGAACUCUACCGGAAUGGGUACUGCAGCAGAGGCGGCAUGUUUACUGAAUGAUGGCACUCCUCGAAAUCAUUGUGAGAGGUGUGCUUGAUGGGAUUGAAUUGUAAUGGCCUCCUUUCUGCUACAGUGGCUUGUUUUUGUUUUUGUGGAGUUGGUUGCAUUUUUUUGUUGUUGCACUACACUUUUCAUUUUCCAAUAAAUGGGAGUGCUUCGUA